AUUGGCUCAGCAUGAACAGUGAAACACAGGCCAGAAGAUACAAGUGGAAAUUAAGGAGAAGUGCAAUUAAGACCGAGAACAGGAGGCACUUCUUUACACGAAGGGUGGUGGGAGAGUGGAACAGACUACCCUGCCAUGGGGUUGAAACUGGCUUCCUUCAGGAAAUGGCCAAAUGAGACCCUUGGAUCAAUGAACUACUUGCUAUCAAACGGGGUGGUGAAGGAAGAGAUAUCGGAUGACAGCGCCAAGCUUCCCUGCUUCAACGGAAGAGUUGUGUCAUGGCUGGUGUCCUCGGACAGCCCCCAGACGGAGCCGUCGCCCCCCCCAGUGGAGGUCCGCGCCGAGCCUUCCCCACCCCCUCCUCCGCUUCCCCCGCCCCCCGCGGAGCGCCCUGGGGGUAUCGGUGACUCCCGGCCCCCCUCCUUCCACCCCAACGUGGCGGGCAGUCUGGAGAACCUGGACGACCACACGGAGACGGAGUCGGUGGGGUCUUGCAGGAGGGAGAGGCCGCGCCGGAGAGAGAGCUUGGAGCCGCACGGUCCUCGGCAGAACGGGCAGAGCAGGUUAGAGCGCCACCUAGCGGGCUACGAGAGCUCCACCACUGUGAUGAGCAGCGAGCUAGAGACCACCAGCUUCUGCGACUCGGACGAUGACGACACCAUGAGCAGGUUCAGCAGCUCCACGGAGCAGAGCACCGCAUCCCGGCUGCUGAAACGACAUCGCCGCCGCCGGAAACAGCGCCCCCCGCGCCUGGAGAGGGCCUCCUCCUUCAGCAGUGUCACCGACUCCACGAUGUCCCUCAACAUCAUCACUGUCACUCUCAACAUGGAGAAGUAUAACUUCCUGGGCAUCAGCAUCGUGGGCCAGAGCAACGAGCGCGGCGACGGUGGCAUUUAUAUCGGCUCCAUCAUGAAGGGAGGGGCAGUCACAGGCAGGAUCGAGCCAGGAGACGUGAACGACAUCAACUUCGAGAACAUGAGUAACGACGACGCUGUCAGAGUCCUCCGGGAGAUCGUGCACAAGCCGGGGCCCAUCAUCCUGACGGUGGCGAAGUGCUGGGACCCCUCUCCGCAGGGCUACUUCACCCUGCCCCGGAACGAGCCCAUCCGGCCUAUCGACCCCGCCGCCUGGGUGUCGCACUCGGUGGCCAUGACGGGCGCCUACCCUCCCUACCCUGGCAGCUCCUCCCUCAGCACCAUCACCUCCAGCAGCUCCGUCACCGAGACCGAACGCUUUGACGACUUCAACCUGUCGCUGCACUCGGAUAUGGCGUCUGUCGCCAAGGCCAUGGCGUCCCCUGAAUCCGGGCUGGAGGUGCGAGACAGGAUGUGGCUGAAGAUCACCAUUCCCAACGCCUUCCUGGGCUCAGACGUGGUGGAGUGGCUCUAUCACCACAUCGAGGGCUUCCAGGACCGCCGAGAGGCUCGCAAGUAUGCCAGCAACCUGCUGAAGGCCGGCUUCAUCCGGCACACCGUCAACAAGAUCACCUUCUCCGAGCAGUGCUACUACAUCUUCGGGGACUUCAGCGACUGCGAGAACUACAUGGCCAACCUGUCCCUGAACGAUAACGACGGCUCAAGCGGGGCCUCGGACCAGGACACCCUGGCCCCCCUGCCCCUCCCGGGGGCCACGCCCUGGCCGCUCCUGCACUCCUUCCCCUACCAGUACCCCCACCCCUACUCCAGCCAGCCGCCCCCCUACCACGAGCUCUCCAGCUACAGCUACACCCAGGGCAGCACGGGCAGCCAGCACAGCGAGGGCAGCCGGAGCAGCGGGUCGACGCGCAGCGAGGGGGAGAGGCGCCGGGGGGGUAAAGGGGGCAGCGGGGGCAGCAGCGCGGGCGGGGGAGGGGGCAGCCGGGAGGAGAAGUCCUCCGGGGGUGGCGGAGGGGGCGGGGCGGACUCGCGCUCAGGCAGCGGCAGCGAAUCGGAGUACUCCACCCGCAGCAGCCUGAGGCGGGACCACGGCUCGGCCACGCCCAGCGAGCACAGCCACCACAGCCAGCGCUCGCACCACAGCCAGCGCGCCCCCGCGCCCCACCUCCCCUACGGCUCCCCCGGGAUCCCCCUGCCCUACAACCCCAUGAUGGUCAUGAUGCUGCCCCAGCCGCACCCCCACCCCGGCCUGGCUCCCCACCCCCACCCCCACGCGGGGCACCUGCACCCGCACGCCCUGCCCCCCACGUCCACCCCUGGCGGGCCCCCCGGCGCCCCCCCGACCAGGGACCUGGGCUCUGUGCCCCCCGAGCUCACCGCCAGCCGCCAGUCCUUCCACCUGGCCAUGGGCAACCCCAGCGAGUUCUUCGUGGACGUCAUGUAGCCCGCCCCGUCGUGGCUCCCUGGGGUGGGGCGGGGGGAAAGGGGGGUGUUGUAGAAGUGGCAGGAUGGGGGCGAGGGUCCCCCGAUUCCCUGAUCCCCCGUGGAUAUUGAGUACGAAUCUAGCGUAGCCGAGAAAACAAAAGACAAGGAAACGAACAAGCCAAACGGUGAUGGAGGAUUGCUAAAUGGUGAAAUAGUGGCGCCGGAAUCUCCUAAACGGGUGCUUUUUUAGUCCUCCUUCGUGCCCCCCACGCAAGAGAAGCCCGACCCGAGCCAGACCUCCCCCUCCCCCUCCCCCGGCCCGUUGCGGGUCCUGCAGACCACGGCAGCGGUUCUCACGGCUCCCGGGACGCGCCCCCUGCUGGGGAGACGACGAGUCACGGGGAGCCCAUCUGGGAUGAACGCCCUCAGAGGGCCCAGGAGUCCGAACGUCGGUCCUGGGAUGUUAACCACGCACAAGCCCGGCUGCUGUUCCAACCCGGACGCCUUCCGUUCGGGCCGUCGCGGCGGCGCAAUCACAAGGCCUCUUACCGAACGGACGUCGCCGUCAGUGGGAGCUGUUCAUUCACUCCCUGCCCUCCGCCCCCUCGUUGCUUUCUGAGAAAAGGGUUUUUGGGCGUCUGGCAGCUUCAUCUAGAAAGAUCAGACUCUGACUAAUCUUUGGGGAUUCAUUUCGAGAUCUGGUGCCGGACGGAUUCACAUAAAAGAUCGGAAAUGGACCCACUCCUGGGAGAAGGGCGAGACUGAUUAGAUUAGGGCUGAAAGGGACCUCUCUAUCCUUCUCCACAACCUGAAAGAGCCUGGAGGCCGUCUGCAAGGGAAUCCAUGAUCUGAUCCACAGAAAUGUGCUGUGAGGCAGGACUGGAUUUGAAAGAUCUCGUGAAAUGCGAAGUGAAUGAACCGUGUCAGUCAAAUGUCACGCCUUUGCUUAAUUAGGUACACGCAAUGAGCCACACUGUUUGGCUGUUCUCUGUUCCCACCACCGAUCGGGUGAGUGAACAGUUGAUCAGUGCUAUUGAUUAUUUCUGCUUGGGGUACAUCAACUUCUCUCGCCUCGGGAUAAGACUUUGGGGAAAUUAGGCCAAAAAAAGUCAUCGCAAGUCAUCAGGCAGCACAGAGGAGAAGCACCAGCGAUGUUCUGCGUUCCUUUGAUGUUAUUUAUCAGACGCUUUGAAACAUCCUGUCCUGCCAAGAGAGUGUUCAGGGAAGCAGAAAGAAUAUCCGCAGGUUUUCCUGUGUGGCCAUUUAACCCCAUUACGCCCCCUUUAUACUUAUUUGAUGCUGCAGCUGAAGAAUAAGGAUGAUGGCGAGGAGGCGUUUUCCAUGGAGUAGAACAGAAGAGGAUCUCGACCCCCGAUUCCUGGUCCAGGCUGGGAUACUCUACCAGCACUGGUCUUUAAAACUCCUUGUCCUGAAUCAGGGGAGGCAGAGCUUACCUGCAGCAUUCCGUCUGGUAAGUUUCAGUUGCUGUGUAGUCGAGGAUCAUCCGAUGAUUCCUCACUGGGCCCUGGGCAGAUCGUUGUCCGUCACUCUGGCCCCUGGCCUUGACACUCCCCCCUCCUCCAGCAACGCGUCUUCCCAAGGCCUGAUUGCCAGGAAGUAAUCCAGAGGGACCGCAAUUACCUGUUGCGCCAAUGCUGAGGAGCCAGGUGCAAUGUGAAUGUGCUUCCCCGCAGCACUUCCUGUCCUUUCUGCUCGAGGAAGCCAUGUCUCAGCUCCGAAGGACUAUUUACUUGAGCUCAUUAGUUGCUGCAGCUCCAGUCCUGGACGGUACUAUUGGAUUGGUGACCAGCUGUGGAUUGUGCCUUUAGGGAAGAUAAUUUUUUGGGGGGAACAGAUCCGCAGACGAGGCGGUGAGGAGUCCCAGCAGGGACAGCGGAGUCAUGAGGCCGAAAGACUUGAGCGGUGUUUAUUUCCAGCACCACGCCCGGAAUGUCUUUGCCCAGAUUAACUUGCACUAACCCUUCGGACAGGCAGUCGGACGGAUCCUCACUGUCUUGGGGGUUUUGGGGGUAGAGGGUUGCAUUUUUGGCGUUCUGUAUCCAGUGGGUGGGGGGGGUUGGGGCUUUGGUGGGGGGUGGGGGAGGGGCACAGUUUUUACGGAUGGGACUGCUAUCUGGGUACUUGAUCCUUAUUUUGAGUCAUUUUGGUUUCACACCGACACUAAUUCAACACCUUUAAUUGCUGACGCUUGUAUGUUCCAUGUAGUCUCCCCCCCAUCCUUCAGCGGUAACGUUUAAACAGGGGCCUGCAGGUGAUUGGACCGCUAUCCGCUGUGCCCUGAUGGUCUUGCCUGUUCCCCUGUGGUGGUGGAGAAAAGCCGAGAGUCGGGGGUUUGCACCCACUGCAGUGUACGAUACGUUACCCCUCUUGAAGCUGGGGGGGGGGGGUGUGCAUGAAUGAGCCUGGAUAUUACUUGUGGGGAGGUUCUCCAUAUCGCAGACACAACUGGAGCUCCAAGAGGAGUUUUUUUUAACCCGACCUCAAGGUGCUGAUGAAGAGACCUGGCAAAAUACUGCCUUUACACUUUGUACUUGUUUUUUCCCUCUCUUUUGUGUGUUUGCGAGCGUUUUGUUCAUUUUUUGUCACUUAUUUUCGAUAUUUCAAAUAAAUUUCUACUAGAUC